ACAUGGCGGCGCCCAGAAACACGCACCAAACCAGUGUUUGUCAUUAAAAGUUGGUCAAACAGUAUUUUCUGCUAACAUAAUCUUUCGAUAUGAUUAGUUAAGUAGUUUGUAAUGUUUACUAUUUCAUCAUGUUACCAUCCGUAGCAAAGCUGUGCGCCCGAAAUGGGACAACAAUAUCGGUCAGGGUUGCUAAAUUCCGUUCACCAGCGGUCAACAAGGUAGCUUUUACGCGAUAUUUAACAUCACCACCCGUGUUGAUGUUCUUCCUCCCACCAGCUUCACGAAAGCCAAACGUCCGAUGGGUGUCAUUGUCGGGCUUAUCACGGCGGCAUGAAGAGCCGCUCGAUUUGCCCUCAUCUCCAGAUGAAAAUGAGAACUUCGGGUCUUUUUCCACCCACAUAUCCGCUCGGAGGACUUUCAAGAAAAGCAGCCCGGAGAUGUUGGACUUCAGGUACCGAGAAGACGAGGACCAGAAGUUGGAGAAACCUGUCCGCAAGCCUGUGAGGAGAAAUACUACCUACUGGUACUUCUUACAAUGCAAGAAGCUGAUUAAAGAAGGAAAGCUGCAGGAGGCAUUGGAUAUGUUCAGCAGAGAUAUGCUUCAGACAGAGAGGCUCCAGCCUGAAGAGUACAACUUUAGCGUCCUCAUUGGGGGCUGUGGACGAGCUGGACAUCUGAAGAAGGCCUUCAAGCUCUACAACGACAUGAAGAAGCGAGGUCUGGAAGCGUCGGACGCGACCUACACGGCUCUGUUCAACGCCUGCGCCGAGUCGCCCCAUAAGCAAGCCGGCCUCCAGCAGGCACUCAAGUUGGAGCAAGAGCUGCGGCGCAAACGAUACGCCCUGAGCACCAUCACGUACCAUGCACUCCUCAAGACGCACGCCCUCUGUAACCACCUGCAGGCCUGCAUGCACACGCUGAGGGAGAUGCUGCAGAACGGCCACACUGCCACUCAGGAGACGUUUCACUACUUGCUGAUGGGGUGUCUGAAGGACAAAGACAUCGGUUUCAGGCUGGCUUUGCAGGUUUGGCGCCAGAUGCUCAAGGCAGGGAUUCUCCCAGACUCUAACAACUACACCCUGCUCUUGAGGACCGCAAGAGAUUGCGGGUUGGGUGAUCCAGCGCUGGCUUCUAGCAUCCUGCUCCGGUCACACGUGGAAGAAUGCGAGUCUCGCGUCAAGUCAAGCAAGGCUCCAAUCGAUGUUGACCUCCUAGAGCGGGAGCUGUUUGUCCAACCUGAUCUCCAUGGUGGUGGCGAGCGCUCCAACGAUACGCAAGACUCUUUGGUGCCGUGUAGGCCAAACGAAACUGGAUUGCUGCCUUUUAGCUCCGCACCUAACCUGCUGGACCUCCUGGAGGGAAAUUGGGGUGGCUCGAUCUCCUUCGGCAGCGUGGGCGGACCCGCAGAUAGACUCGCUCUGCUUGGUGGAGGCGAAGGUUUGCUGGGGAAGAUGGCGGAAAAUGGGCUCAAGCCGGACCUCCGGACGUUGACCCUGCUGGCUGACACCAUGGCGCCGGGUGUCCAGUCUUUGCAGACGCUCUUGAAGGUCGCCAAGCAGCAUCGCAUCAAGCUGGACACUGCCUUUUACAACUCGGCCAUUCGUAGGGCCGCCAGAACUGGUGACCUGGAUGGAGCUAAGGCUGUGUUGAGUGUGAUGCGGAAGUACAACGUCAGCGUGGACGUGCAGACAUUUGGAAGCCUCGCAAUGGGCUGCCAGCGAUACAAAGAUGGACUUCAGUUGCUCAAAGACAUGGAGGAGGCGGGAUUAAGGCCCAACGUCCAUGUGUUUUCGGCCCUGAUUGGCCAGGCAAGUCGCCGGCUGGAUUACAUUUACCUUAAAACGCUCCUGAAAAGCAUGUGUCACAUGGGGGUGUUGCCUAAUGAGGUCAUCGUCAAACAGCUGGAAUUUGCCGCGCAGUACCCUCCCAACUACAACCAGUACAAGUCCCGCAACAACUACCUGGUCCAGAUCGAUGGUUUCCGCGGUUACUACCAGCAAUGGCUGCGAGUCAUGCCGGCCCAGGGCGACCAGGACCAACGGGCGGAGCUCCAGCCUGACUCCAAGCCGGUGGCGGAGGUGAAAACGGGAGCUGGAGCACUGGGGGGACUGAUUGAGGCCCCGAAUAACCAAAGAGCUGUGGCGAGUAGACGUCACCCUCGGAUGAGCAGCAUGAAACCAGCCAUUUGACCCAGCGUAGACGGAUGCUUUAGUCAUUGAAUGUGAUUCUUUAAACAGUUAAACAAUUGUUAAUGAUUCCUGUUGAUACAUUAUUAUUAUUAUCAUUAAUUUUAAAUGUAUUAGUCAUUAACUUGUGUCAAACUUUGAAUAAUGUUCAUAGUUUUUUGUAUUUGGGGGCUGCAUGUGUAUGAACAUUAUGUCAUUUAUAGUGUGUCAGGCACUUGAAUUAACAUGAAAUAUAAUUUCCAUGACAUUAUACAACAAGAAGAUUAUAAAAAAUAAAUACUUGUGUAUAU